AUGGACGAACAAGAGUACUAUAUGGAGGAGGAGGACGAUGAGCCAAUCACCCAGGAGGAUUGCUGGACAGUCAUCUCUUCGUUCUUUGAGGACAAGGGUCUGGUCCGUCAGCAGCUGGACUCGUUCGACGAGUUUAUCCAGAACACGAUGCAGGAGCUUGUUGACGAGAACUCGGACAUGAUCCUCCAGACCACUAACCAACAUUCUGGUGCCGAUGGCGAUGUCACCAGACGAUAUGAGAUCAACUUUGGGCAGAUUUACCUGUCGCGUCCCAGUAUGACUGAGGCUGACGGUACCACCCAGCCCAUGUACCCACACGAAGCCCGUCUCCGUAGUUUGACGUACGCUGCCCCUUUGUACGUUGAUAUGCGCAAGACGGUCAAGGUCGCCAACCCUCACCACGAAAAGAACAAGCACAAGACCAACCCCCACGACAUGUUCAUGGAGGAAGAAGAUACUGGUGAUGGUGGCGACAUGAAGAAGAUCUUUAUCGGUAUGGUCCCCAUCAUGUUGAAGUCGACCUACUGUAUGUUGACUGGACUGGAUGACAGCGAGCUGCAAAAGAUGAACGAGUGUCAGUACGAUCAGGGAGGAUACUUCGUGAUUAACGGAUCAGAAAAGGUGUUGAUUGCUCAGGAGCGCAUGGCGACAAACACGGUGUAUGUGUUCAACAAACCCCCAGGAAACAAGUACUCGUACACCGCAGAGAUCAGGAGUUCCAUGGAGCGUGGAUCCAAGAACGCCUCUCCAGUCUUCGUCAAGCUCUUGUCGCGUGCUGCUGAGCGUUCCGGCACUGGACAGACCAUCGAGGCUACUCUCCCUUACAUCCGUGACGGUAUUCCCGUUGUCGUUGUUUUCCGUGCUUUGGGACUUGUCGCUGAUCGUGAUGUUCUGGAGCACAUCUGCUACGACCGUAAUGAUUACCAGAUGCUGGAGAUGUUGAAGCCCUGUAUUGAGCAGGCUUUCGUUAUCCAGGACAAGGAGGUCGCGCUGGAUUACAUUGGAAAGCGUGGAACGACUGUCGGAGUGACCAAAGAGAAGCGUACAAAGUACGCUACCGAGAUCUUGCAGAAGGAGUUCUUGCCCCACGUCGGAACCCAGUCCCACAACCAGACUCGCAAGGCCUACUUCUUUGGUUACAUGAUCCAUCGUCUCCUCUUGGCGGCUCUUGGUCGCCGUGACGUUGAUGAUCGUGAUCACUACGGAAAGAAGCGCAUGGAUCUCGGUGGUCCUCUUCUCGGAGGUCUUUUCAAGAUGCUCUUUACCAAGCUCACCAAAGAUGUCAGCAAGUACCUCCGCAAGUGCAUUGAUUCGAACAAAGACUUUGUGUUGUCCGUGGCGGUCAAGUCAAACACGAUCACGAAUGGAUUGAAGUACUCAUUGGCUACAGGAAACUGGGGAGAGCAGAUGAAGGCUAUGCAGUCGCGUGCCGGUGUCUCUCAGGUCUUGAACAGAUACACCUUUGCUUCUACCUUGUCCCAUUUGCGUCGCUGCAACACUCCCAUUGGUCGUGACGGAAAGAUUGCUAAGCCCCGUCAGCUUCACAACACUCAUUGGGGAAUGGUGUGCCCUGCCGAGACUCCUGAGGGUCAGGCCUGUGGUCUGGUCAAGAACUUGGCCUUGAUGACUGCCAUCUCUGUCGGAUCGCCCUCGGCCCCUAUUAUCGAAUUCUUGGAAGAGUGGGGUAUGGAGAACUUGGAGGAAUUGACUGCCAACAACAUCUCGGAGGCCACUAAGGUCUUUGUCAAUGGAGUCUGGGCUGGUGUUCACAGGGACCCCAGCAGUUUGGUCAACACCUUGAAGCGUUUGAGACGUAACCUGGACAUCAACCCUGAGGUCUCGAUUGUCAAAGACAUUAGGGAGAAGGAGCUCAGGAUGUACACCGAUGCGGGUCGCUGCUUGCGUCCUCUGUUCAUUAUCGAGGACCAGAAGCUCUUGCUUAAGAAGGCCCACGUCGACGAGCUCGCCAAGCCCAUGUAUAUUGACGAGGAAGGCAAGACAGUCGAACCGUGGAACUGGAAUGAUUUGCUGGCGAAUGGAAUUGUAGAGUUUGUGGAUGCCGAGGAGGAGGAGACGAUUCUGAUUUGCAUGACACCAGAGGAUCUGUACGAGUCGAAGCAGCCCGCACAAGAGCACCACCUACCCAAAGACGCUUCAGGACGUGUCAAGGGAGCAUCCUCGGCAUCGCUUCACACAUGGACGCAUUGCGAGAUUCAUCCUUCUAUGAUCCUUGGUAUUUGCGCCAGUAUCGUUCCUUUCCCUGAUCACAACCAGUCGCCUCGUAACACCUACCAGUCUGCUAUGGGUAAGCAAGCUAUGGGUAUCUACGUCACCAACUACCAGGUCCGCAUGGACACACUCGCCAACAUUUUGUACUACCCUCAGAAGCCCCUUGCCACAACUCGUUCAAUGGAGUACUUGCGUUUCCGUGAGCUGCCUGCUGGACAGAACGCCGUUGUCGCCAUUCUGUGCUAUUCUGGAUACAACCAAGAAGAUUCUGUCAUUAUGAACCAGUCGUCGAUUGAUCGUGGUCUUUUCCGCAGUUUGUACUUCCGUACUUACAUGGAUCAGGAGAAGAGGAUUGGUAUGACGUCCAUGGAGGAGUUUGAGAAACCUACACGCGAGCACGUCUUGCGCCUGCGCCACGGAACAUACGAGAAGUUGGAUGACGAUGGUCUGAUUGCGCCCGGUACGCGUGUCUCCGGCGAUGAUAUCAUUAUCGGCAAGACCAAGCCGAUUCCCGAGGACUCGACAGAGAUGGGACAGAGGACGGGAUCGCACACCAAGCUGGAUGCAUCGACGCCGUUGAAGUCGACCGAGACUGGUAUUGUGGACCAGGUGAUGUUGACGACCAAUCACGAGGGAGUCAAGUUUGUCAAGGUUCGUGUCCGUUCGACCCGUGUGCCCCAGAUGGGAGACAAGUUCGCCUCUCGUCACGGACAGAAGGGAACCAUUGGUAUCACUUACCGUCAGGAGGACAUGCCCUUCACCUGCGAGGGUAUCACGCCCGAUAUUAUCAUCAACCCUCACGCCAUUCCAUCUCGUAUGACCAUUGGACAUUUGGUCGAAUGUCUGCUGUCCAAGGUGUCGACGCUGGAGGGAAGCGAGGGAGAUGCCACACCGUUCACGGAUGUCACGGUCGAGGCUAUUUCGGAGGCAUUGAAGAAGCACAACUACCAGCAGCGUGGAUUUGAGGUCAUGUAUCACGGACACACGGGCCGCAAGCUGGCGGCACAGGUGUUCUUGGGCCCAACCUACUACCAGCGUCUGAAGCAUAUGGUGGAUGACAAGAUUCAUUCUCGUGCACGUGGACCGGUUCAGAUCUUGACCCGUCAGCCAGUCGAGGGAAGGAGUCGUGACGGAGGUCUUCGUUUCGGAGAGAUGGAGCGCGAUUGUAUGAUUUCGCACGGAGUGGCCCAGUUCUUGAAGGAGCGUCUGUUUGAUGCUUCGGAUGCGUACCGGGUGCACGUGUGCGAUCUAUGUGGUCUAAUGGCGAUUGCGUCGCUGUCAAAGAACAGUUUCGAGUGUCGGUCGUGCAAGAACACGACGCAGAUUUCGCAGAUCCAUAUCCCGUAUUCGAUGAAGCUGCUCGUCCAGGAGUUGAUGGCCAUGUCGAUUGCGCCCCGCCUCUUCACCGUCAACUCUGACAACCGCAUGUAA